CUCCAACAUGUCACCAAGUAUUGCCUCGAUAUUCAUAUCCUCGACGCACGGUUUCAUGCUGUAACAUUGAAGCAUUGAUCCCUACCACUGCUUACCGCCCUUGAUACGUCUGGUCUCUAUCGCCGACUGUAAUAAAAGACAUCAUAGAUCCAUUUGGUCGCUGAACUCUUAGCGUAUUUGAUGAAAAUAAACAUUGAUUGGCAGCUUCAUCGACAUCACCAUACUAUAAUCGAGUUGAUAUCACAAUUUCCUCGAUACCACUGUUUGCCCAAAGAGUUCAUUGAGCAGACCAUAUAAUAUUCCAUACGCUUCCAUAUCGCAUCGCCGCGGUAAAAAAUGACGCACACCGUGUCUGAAAUCACAGACCUUCGCAUUUAUCCCAUCAAAUCAUGUCGAGGAAUAUCUGUUAAAUCCGCAAAGUUGACACGGCAAGGCUUGGAACUUGACCGACGAUGGAUGUUCGUGGACUCGUCGAAGAAAUUUGUGACAAUACGCUCGAAAGAGCAAAUGACUUUGAUCAACACGGCAGUCGAUGAAUCCGCUGGUGAGCUUGUGGUCACAAUUCGUAAGGAUCAAGACAAGCAAAUCCGUGUCCCUCUCUUUCCAUCGCGCGGUUGGCUUGAAGAACAUGCCGACCUUGUCAAUGUCGACGUAUGGGAAUACAUCACCGAUGCGUACGAGUAUAAAGAUCCUAAAAUCAAGUCAAUAUUCUCAGAGUUUUUCGGCGAGGAUGUGAGCCUGGUCAUGAAAGGUCCUACCCCAAGGAUCAUUCGGGGAAACGGGGAUAGCGAACAUUUAGGUCGGACCGAGAGCGUCAACUUCCCCGACGUCCUUCCAGUCUUGAUCGGCACAGAAAGCUCACUGGAAGAAUUGAAUUCUCGUCUGGAACAGGGUGGCCACAAGGCAAUCACCAUUGAGCGAUUCCGGCCAAACAUCGUCAUCAAAGGAGACGCGCCGUGGUCCGAGGAUGAAUGGAAGACUGUCCGCAUCAAUGGAGAUUCGUCCUAUCUUACCUCUAUGAUGGGUGGUAACCGCAACGCCAUUGACAUCGACGUGGUUGCCAGAUGCGCUCGUUGUCAGGUUCCCAACGUCGACCCGGAGACGGCGGAAAAGAACCCCAAGCAGCCAUGGGAUCUUUUAGUCAGUUAUCGCAGGGUCGACGAAGGCAUCAAAUGGAAACCCUGUUUUGGAAUGCUUUCUUGUCCCAGGAACGAAGGGCAUGUCGAGGUGGGAAUGAGAUUUGAGGUCACAGCAGUGACUCAAGCACAUAAAUACAUCAAAGGAUUCUAAUGCCGAGUCCCUGGUGCGGUCGCCCACUCUGGUUGCGGUAAUGCUGAUGGGAAGCGUCAAGUUGACCGUGCCGGCCAAGACUUCAGUAAUAUAAAUUGUUGCGGUGAGGAUCAUCCAGUGACCUCCGUGCUAGGCAUCUCCAAGGCACUCCAAAGCAAAUAAUUUUGUCGAUACGAGUUUUUGGUCCGCGCUAUCACAUCAAUUUGGAGUUUUAAAAUUGUCAUACCGUGUUCGAUAAAAGAGUUGCAUUGCUGACUCAUGGGAACAUGAUUGGUGGUUAGAACAAGUCGUGGAAACAAUCGUGUGCUGCCGAGGCUUGAGACAUCUCCGGCAUCACUGCUUUAUACUGGACGUGGAGAUGAUUUCCCUACCAUUAGGGCCCAGUCCACGUGUAGUCUUGUACUCCCACUACUCUUUUUAAGUAACGUGGAUGUGGUGGAACGUCGAGCUGUCCUGCCCGUUGGAUCAACAGAUCGGUGAGAGGUGCCCGCAAAAGAGGGUAUCUGGUCAACGAGACCUGGUGGAUGCAGUGAUUAUUACAUCACAGUGCAUCCUGAAUGAUG